AUGGUCUGGUUCUCUUUCAAGUCCGCUAUUACCGCGGCCCUCGUGCUUGCCAGCACUGUCAAUGCCUCGCCUAGCAAGGCGUGCACCCGCGGAGACCAGAAGUGGCUGACGAUUUGGGGGACGAUGCCCCAGCUCACAGAGCCUCAUAACCUCCCUCCAGAAGGAUUCAACGAAACCAGCCUCGUGUUCGAAGACUCAACGAUCCGCCAAUCCCUCAUGGUCACCCUCGACGCCGACUCCCUCCGCCUCCAAAUCAGCAACGUCUUCGGCGGCUCCGACCUCCCCAUCACCGCUGCAAGCAUCGCCCUUCCGCCCACCAACGACGCCGGCCUCAGCACCAUCGAUACGACCACGGUCAAGAAGCUCACCUUUUCGGGAGGCCUCCCCGGUUUCGUCGUCCCCAACGGUGCUUCCGUGCUCUCCGACCCCGUCGACUUCCCCAUCAAGGCGCGGUCCAUCGUCGCUGUCGAUCUGUAUCUCGAAAAGGGUCAGACGACUAAUGAUAUUACGUCUCAUCCGGGUAGUCGUACGACUUCGUGGUUCGUCAAGGGGAAUUCGCUCGGCGAGGCGGAUCUCGGGGGUGGUGCUUCGAGCGCGGCGCACUGGUACUUUAUUAGUAGCAUCGAGGGGCAGGUGAGGAACAAAGAUGCUUCUGCAGUGGUGAUUGUCGGCGAUAGUAUUACCGACGGGCGGGGUUCGACUACCGAUAAGAACGAUAGGUGGCCGGACCAGCUCCUUGCUCGUAUGAAGGACGGAGCAGCCGAGACGCGAAACAUCGCCGUUAUUAACCAAGCUGCUGGGGGGAACCGUGUUCUUGCCGAUGGAUUAGGACCAAACUUGUUGGGCCGUAUCGAUCGCGAUGUCAUCUCGAUGCCGGGGGUCAAGUAUGCCAUCGUCUUCGAGGGGGUGAAUGACAUCGGCACCGCCGCAACCGAUGAGGCAUCUCAGAAGGAAGUCGGUGAUCGGCUCAUCGCUGCCUUUGAUCAAAUCAUCACCCGGCUCCACAGGUUCAACAUCCCCGUCUUCGGAGCCACCAUCACGCCCAUCAUCGGUUCGCAGUCCGUGUACAACGACCCAGCGAUGGAGGCCACCAGGCAGCGUGUUAAUGAAUGGAUCAGGUCCUCCGGACGCUUCGAUGCCGUCAUCGACUUUGACGAAGCCGUCAGGGACCCACAGAACCCGGAACAACUUGCCGCCGAGUACGAUUCGGGCGAUAACCUGCACUUGAGCCCGACGGGUUACAAGGCCAUGGCGGAUGCCGUCGACUUGACCCUCUUCAAAAAGUUUAAGAACGGCAUCUAG